AUGAUUACAGCCUGGGACCAGAUACGCCUGGAGGAGCGAGAGUUCAUCUUGAGAGCGAGACUGUAUCUGGAAAUAGCUCGUAUAGAACGCAGACAGGCAGAAUAUGGCUCCGACAGGUACUGGCAGCUACUGAGAUUUGAGGUUGAGCGAGAAGCAGUCGUGGCUGACCUGGCGUGGCAUCUGAAGGGGGGAUUCCUGAUAUUCUACUUCAGCUACACUAACAAUAACAGAAGGGCCUAUAAGAAGAGCAAAACCGCUUACUUCUACCAUAAGGAGCGUCGAGAGGCCCGGCUGCAGGGCAUCGCUGAGAGACGACGGAUCUUUAAUAGGAGGAAAGCGGGAGCCCGCCUUCUGCUAAGCGCGGAUACCAAUCCUAUCGAGCGGGCCAUGUUUAUCGAGUUGCUGUUCAGCACCACGAAUGAAGCAAAGUGUCCGCGCCGGUCGUUUGUGAGGGACGUGAUGGAGACGUACGGCCGCGCAGGGGUCGUGGGACGAGUGUCGGGCCGAUGCUGGUGCCCGGUAAGAUGCAAAAAGGUCCAAUCAACCGAACUCAGGGCCGUCGCGAUCUUCCCUCACUCGCUGGGCCAGCAGUGCAUGACCUACAUCUUUGGCCCAGAGGCAGAGGACAAGCUAUACUCUACUAGCAACGGCCUGCUGCUGCCACCAAAACUGGCGGAGAUGUUUAGCCAGUACCGAGUCACCUUGAUCCCGACCGGCUAUAGCUGGGACGAGCGCCAACAUCCAUGGAGCUGGAAACUGGUGAUAGUUGACUGGGAGGGUCUGUGGAAUGAGCCCUUCGACUCAGAGACGACGUAUGGGGAGCUCCACGAGACGAACGUAUCGUUUUUCGCCCUGGUGCUGCCCAACGGCGCCUUUCUCUUCUUCCACUACCUCUGUGCCAUGCUGCUUCAGGCACGGCGGGACAGGGCCAACGGCGUGCCUCUGAACGAACAGGGCAUGCUGGAUGCCUGGAUGGAGGAGGGGGAGGAAGCCAAAGUCCACAAGGGCAGCUAUGUGAGGGACACGGUGGUGGCUGGCUUCGUCGAGGAGUUUGAUCAGGGCCACGUCUCGCGGACGUUUAGGAAGAAGAUCCUGGCGCACUCCAGGCCGACGGGUGGUGUGCAGGAGGCCGUGGACCUGCUGGGCGACCUCGACCCGGAGGCAGAGAUGGACGAGGACGAGGAGAGCGAGGAGGAGGCAGGCGAGGCUCUGGACAAGAUGAUCCAGACUUUUGCCGGCCUUGACUAUGGGUAUAAGGAGAAUGUCUCUAACCGCGACAGACUGCUGUUGGGGUGA